AUGGCUGGACUGUUAGUGGGGCCUAGGGCCCUUGGAGAUGCGUUGAAGCUUGGAAGUUCAGAUCUACGUUUUACACUGAGUCGCAACGAUGUUCCAGAUGAAGUUCAAGCGCAUUUCUUUGAGAACGGUGUUACAAAUGUGAACAAGUUUUCAUCCUUUUUCCGCAGUGAAGAAGAUCUGAUACAGGUCUUGAGAGAUGAUUUCAACAUUGAUGCGAAUGCUUCUUUGUCAGAUAGGGCGCAGGUGGCCUCAGUCAUUUGCAGUUGGAAGGAGACGAUCACGAAGGCGAAGCGGCAGGCGGAAGUGGAGGCAGAGAUGGAUUCACGUGAGUGGACAAAACCGAUUCCUGUUGGGGACUAUGACAGAGUGACUCCAGCAAAGGAGUAUUUGGAGAAGAAGUUGCAAGAGUUAGAGAAUGGAGAGUUCAGAGCAGAGACCUUAGCAGAGGUAGUCUCCAAAGAUGAAAUUGACCCUGAUGUCUUGGUUCCCAUUUUCGAUAGCAAAGGAAGUCUUUCUGUGAAAAAGGGCAGCUCUCAAGUGCCAAUGCCAACUGGACCAGAACAGCUACGUCGACGCCUCAGCGUGAUGCAGAACUGCCUGAUGAUGUUGGCACUCAAACAUGUUAAUCGUGAAGAAAUCCAGGAUGUUAGCAAGGAUGUUUUUGACAAGUACAAAGACUAUUUGCUUGGUGAUUACGUUUGGGGCUUGAGUUCAACAGACUUACAGGGUCAACAGAUCCAGACGCCGCCUUGGAGCUUGGUCUUGGCCUAUGAGCAAUCAAUUCGAAAAAGGGCAUACAACCUCAUGACCACGGAGAAGUUGAUGCUGGGUGCUGCUUUGGAGAAGGAUUUGGGAGCAGUACAAGCGGGCCACUAUAGGGGGCAAAGACCGGCGAGCAUGUGGCAGUGGCCAGCAGUGCAAGAACUCUUGGAUUCAGGGAAAUUUCAGACUUGUGCGUUUUACCAAUCGGAUUUUGGCACUGCAUAUUUGAAGCCAACACGUUUGUUUCUGAAGGACUUCGAGAUGGAGAAGGACACCAUGGCGCCGGGAAUGCCUCAGUUUGAUGAUCAAGGUUUUUAUCAGGGUCCAUUGAAGAGACGUCAAACAGAAGUGCAACUUAUUGGACAAUAUGGUGGAAAGUUUACAACUGCGGGUACAGAACAGUGGCCAAGUGCUUUUUGCAGGUGGGUUGCACAAAAGAUCCUAAAGCGAUGGACCACACUCCACACCCUUUCUGCCUACGGUGGGGGAGAAACUGCAAGUGGUGUGGAAAAACAGAAAUCACUGGAUAAAGGUUACCCAAUAUCACAACCAGAGGGUUGGAAACUACAUGGGGGUCAUGGAGAAGCAAGGAAGUGCGAAGUUCCUGGAAAAUCACGGAUGUUUCACGACGGAUGUGGUUUGGCCUCACCUGGUAGAUGGGACAUAGAAGACCGCAUAUGGAAUGACGAUGGUUUUUGGAAACGGUUGAGGAGUGACUCAUACCAACUGGUUUUACAAUUUUGUGGGGGGCAACAGAAUUUCGACAGAACUUGUUUUGAGAUGGCAGCAAAAGGUGAAGCAGGCUGCAACUUGGUACAAAAUCAGGAACUCAAAGAUGGACUGGUGGACCUGUGGAGGAACAGGCUGCAACAGGAAGGUUACAACACCGCUGGUCUUGCAGAUAUAGCCAAGGGGCAACCCUUUCGCUUGAGGUUAAUGGAAGCGCUUUUGGACAGAGCUGGAGAUCCAGAUCAUAGAUUCUUGCUUCAAGGUGAGAAGGGGUAUCCUGUAGGAGUCCUACAGCCUUUACCCCGUACACCACAUAUGUACGAGGAGCAGACGUCUUGGAAGUUGGAGGAUGACCCAUACAUGAGGUCAGAGAUUUGGAGAGACAACUACGAAUCUGUUGGGGAUCAUGAGAUUUUUGUUCGAGAGCAUUUUGCGGAAGAAUGCAAAGAGGGCCUCAUGGAAAGGUUGACGCUGGAGCAGGCGAAAGAACGCUUUGGUGACAAAGUGGCGGUCUCCUCUUUAGCUGUUCUUGUUGAAGAAGCCCACGGGAACAAAAAGAGAAUCAUCCACGACGCCACACACGGCACCAAAAUAAACAACCGCAUACGUUGCAGAGACAAACAACGGAGUCCUGGAGCUAGAGAGAAAAUGUAUCUUUUGGCCUACUACAAAGCAAGGGGUGACAUUGUCUUCAGCCUUGUUGGGGAUAUAAGUAAAGCUCAUAGGAGAUUCUUGCAUGAGCCUUCAGAACUUGGAUUACUGGCAUGCCGCGUCAAAAGCAAUGACGACCACAUCUUCAUCAAUCGGGUUGGAACCUUUGGAGUGGCUUCAGCUAGUUAUUGGUGGGGAAGGAUUGCUGCAGCGGGAAUCAGACUCACUCAUGAGAUAAUUGGGCCUCAACGACCAAUCGAAAUGCUCAUAUUUGCUGACGAUCUUGAAUCCUUGGGAGCUGGACCGGAAGGCAGAAGAGGAAUUGUUUUAGCUUACUUGUAUCUUUCAACGAUGGGUUUUCCUUUCAAGUGGUCGAAGCAGAGAGGGGGGCUAAAAGUGGAAUGGAUUGGACUCUUUACAGAUUAUACUACAAUGCGCCUUGGCUUGUCACCUAGCAGGUCUGCGUGGAUGGAAACUUGGACAAGAAAGAUGGCAGUCUCAGGAAGGACUACAUCAAAAGAGAUGGAGCAAGGCCUGGGCCGACUAGGUUUCGCUGCAAACGCGCUGACUUGGGAACGUCCUUUCCUAGGACCUCUUUACGCUUGGACAUCAGCCGUCAGAAACAAAAGAGGUAUCUUGCGGAUACCGGCAAUGCUACGCACUAUUCUUUGGUUUCUAGCGGAACGUACGGGAGAUGGGGGCAGUUUACAAGAACCAGCUCCUCUUCGUACGAUAGAUAGGGCGGACGUGACUUUUUUUACAGAUGCUAAAGCUACAGAACAUGGCGCUUGGAUUGGGGGGUUUCUUCAAUCACAGGACGGUAGCAUAAUUGAGUGGUUCUCUGAGGAGGUGCUUGAAAGUUGGGCACCAUGGCUUUUCAUUCGAAAGGAUCCGAAGAGGGUCAUAGCAUCUUUGGAGUUGUUAGCAACUUUGGUGGCAACGCGCUUGUGGGCUAAAGGAUUGAGAAAGGGUGCCAGGGGUACCUGCUGGAUCAAGGCAGGCACGGACAAUCUCUCUAACUCAUAUGCAGUUAGCAAGUGGAUGAGCACGAAGUAUCCUUUAACAAUUCUAAUAAUGGAGUUGUCGGAAACCUUGAGAACCCGGGGAUGUGAACUUCACUUGGAAUGGAUUCCGAGAGAGCGGAAUCAGCUUGCAGAUGACUUGACAAAUCAGGACUUCAAACACUUUUCCCUUGAUAGCCGUGUUCAGUUUGUCGGAGGAGACACCCGGUGGCUAGUGUUGGAUGGGCUAAUGGCCAAAGCACAGGAGUUUCACAUGGAACUGGCGGAGGAAAGAAAACGUAAAGUGACAGAUCCGAAGCCGGUCAAAAACAAGAAACGGAAGAAGCUUGAUCCCUGGUGA